CGGACGGAUGGAGUAUUAUCAAAAUAAUUAAGUUCAAGGAAAUUGCUUAUAUAUAUAUAAAUAGAUCUCAGGCAUUCAAACAGAGACAGAGAGAGAUCAUCCUGGUUUGCUCAGUGCCCCCCACUACUGAAAUGAGUAAGAACUCACCCAUAUCAAUAAAUGAAGCUUAAGGUAGACCUCAGAUACAACAGAUUACAGAGAUGAAAGAGCUGGUUGAAUGUAGUCAUCUUUAAAUAGAGAGAGAGGGAGCAGAGCAGAAUAAAGGCAAACGACAGAUGAAUUAUUGUUCACAAAAGAGAAGUCUAAAAACCAAUCAAAAACCCCAGGAAACUCUCUUAGUUCUUUUCUUCUCAAUUAUUUUCUGCAACACUGCUUCUCUAUUUCACACUCUCCAAGCUGCCACCACCUCCAUGACUCCACACACACUCCCAUUUCAUGAAAAAUCAAUACUUCUGUUUUGAAUAUUUCCAAGAAAGCUACUGUUAUCCUGACCCCUUUUCCAAUUCCUCCUCAACUGUUUUCCCAAUAAAUAAAAAUCCAAUCUUUAUUCAUCUUGAUGCAUGAUAUAUGAUGCUAGAGGUGUAGCCUUCAAGAAAAUGGAAAAGGGCUCAUCCUCCUCUUCUUCAUCAGGUGGUGGUGGGGCUGGCUCCAUCAAUGGCUCCCCGGCCAAGAAGGGGAGGACUGCGGUGGUGCAGCCGCCUAGGUGCCAGGUGGAGGGGUGUUUAGUAGAUCUGAGUGAUUCCAAGGCUUAUUAUUGCAGGCAUAAAGUUUGUGGUAUGCACUCAAAGUCGCCAAUGGUGAUUGUUGCUGGCCUUGAGCAAAGGUUUUGCCAGCAGUGCAGCAGGUUCCAUCAACUGCCCGAAUUCGACCAAGGGAAAAGGAGUUGCCGGAGGCGCCUUGCUGGCCACAACGAGCGCAGGAGGAAGCCACCUCUGGGCCCUUUACUAUCAUCGCGCUAUGCAAGCCUCUCUCCUUCGGUGUUGACCGGAGGUCUGGAGACGGACUUGGGCACCUACUCAGCAUUCGGUGGGAGAGAUCCGUGGCCGGACUCAUCCACGAGCACAGGAAACUUCCAGCUUCCAUGGCAGAUGAGCUCACAAGCAGCUUCUCUCCUGCAAGGCUCCACAACAACUGCAGAGGACUGUUUCAGCGGGAUCUCCGACUCCACCAGUGCUCUCUCUCUUCUGUCAAACGAGCCAUGGGGCUCGAGAAGCCUAGUCUUGGAUCUUGGAGUCAGCAGCUUUCUUGCCACCAAUGGCACAGCCGAGGUCGGUCGAUACCCCUCCUGGGAAUUCAGAGGUGAUCAAUCUCUCCACGAGCUGAUGCCCCCUGACCCUACCAGUAGUCCUUACAGCAUGGGCCGAGGGUUGGCUCGGCCAGGCGAGGGACCACGCCAUGAGUUCGAGCCUUCCAGUAGCUAUGAUUCUUUCGGCAACCACAUGAACUAGUCACUUUGAGCCUUGUUUCCUUGUGUGUUUUUCUCAUGAUUGUUAAUUUUGUUGUGCUUUUUAGACUAUACUACUUGGUCAUCCAAUUCGAGAAUUAUUUGUUGUGAAUCAGUUUCGCAUUUAUGCAAUUAAGUUGAGCUUUAUUUAA